UGCAUCUUCGGCUAAUGUUAACAACUCCCACUCUUCGAUUCACUCAUAGUCGGUCUGCUAGCUGAAGCGUAACUUUCUAACUUUGCGCGAUAUUUCUCAUUCAGUUUCGGCUUCGGUAUUUAGUGUGUAUAUUGUGGUUGAUCGACUAACAAGAAAACUGGCGAUGAUGGGCCGUUUCGUUCAUCAAGUAUUGUUAGUUAACGGAUUCUUAAUGUGGCACCAUUCCAGCGCCUUCUUCAGCAAUUAUGGCCACGAAAUAAAUUUACCGAAAUGUUGCGCUCCAGACGAAGCUAUUAAUGCUGCUGAAUCUCAAAAUGGAACGAAAAUCGACUGUGAUGGAGCCAAGGAGUCUUAUUGGAGGACUAAAUAUUUUAUUUCAAAUUAUACAAGCACUAAUAACUUUCUUGAUACUUGUUCUCAAUUAGAAGAAUGCAUCGAUUACCAAGUUUCCCAUGAUAAAAAUGAACAAUUGGUGAAGUACUCUUGCAAUGGAUCGUCUUCAUCAAUAAGCGAGGCAGUUGUUCUUCCCAAAUGUUGCGAUGCCAGGCAUUCGUAUGACACUCAGUUUGGCGCUUGUAGGGCCGAAAAAGAAUAUAUUUUUGAAAAGGAAAAGUCGUUUUUCAUAAAAAUUGGACUGUCUGGAUGCGAUGCAGUUGUUACAGAUCAUGUACUGGACAGUUUGGAUAAAGUUCCUUUAAAACGUGAUAUGACUGUUGAAUGGGCGGGUGGUGAAUAUUCUUGGGGAAAGUAUUGCUUUGAUAAAAAAUACGGAUCCGAUAAAUAUAUACUGAAAGUGUGUGAAAAGGACUUCGGGAAAUGCAGAAACGAUACAUACGAAUAUGGAUAUCAAUGCAUCCGAAAGUGCUGUCCGGUAGGAGAAAGCUUCUUGACUAACAGAAAAUGCGGAAAAAAUAGCACUUUGGAGAUACAGGGAUAUAACUUCCUUAAUAACUCACGAGUGCUGUUGUCAGAUAACGUAGCUUUUAUCCAUGGCCUUAGCUGCAGUAAGUAUUUGGCCAGAGAACAACAAUUCAAUUUUACAUUAGAUGAAGCUGGAACCAUAAAACUGGAAUUAACCACUAAAACAACUUUCCUCCCGGCGAUCGAAGAAAAUUAUUGUUAUGAGCGUGCUUCCUCAAAGAAUUUUGCGCGUGCUUUCGACGAUUUCUUUUUCCUCUGUGUAGUAAAGCCUCCUCUAACUGACAUUAAAAUGAAAAUAGUUUCUUGUCUUCUUUGCAUAUCAAUAGUAUGUUUACUAAUCACGUUUAUUGGGUACUUGGUGCUUCCGGAUAUGCAAAAUUUACAUGGGAGGACUUUAAUGGUGCAUUGUUUUUGUCUCAUGGUUGCAUGCACCUUUCUGGCCACUGCCCAAUUUAAUCCCGAUAUUGAGCCAAAGGAAAUUUGCAGAACAAUAGGUUAUUUCAUAUUGUUCUGGUUUUUAGCUGCAUUUAUGUGGUUGACUAUAAUGUGCUUCGAUAUUUGGUGGACCUUCGGUCACGUUACAGGGGGCAAUUUUGAAUCUUACGCUAUCUUUUUCCUUAUGCCAGUGGCUGUGUUAAUUGUUUGCAACAGCGUUUUAUUUGCAAGAACCACAUAUUACUGCUACAAGGUUAAAAGUGAAAUAGCUAGAAUAAAGGAUUCAUCGAAAAGCUCUAAAGAAAAGAAGAAGCUGUUUCAUGCAGAUAAAGACAGAUUGAUGGUAAUAUUCAAGCUGUUUGUAAUUAUGGGAAUUUCAUGGAUUUUCGAAAUUAUUUCUGGAUUUUGUUUCAAACAAGAAUCUGUUGUGUUUAAAGGUUUUGAACUUGUUGUUGACUCUUAUAAUGCAUCAGAAGGCAUACUCAUUUUCUGCGUAUUUAUGUUAAAGAAGAAGGUUCUACAAAAUUUUCGGAAAAAAUUUGGGAUUGCUUCUGUAAGUAAAACAUCGUCUCAAAAUACCACAAACACCAGUUUACAUUCUUCAUCUGAGCGCAACUUACAUUUGAAAAAUAUUCAUGCUUAAAACUUUAUAUUACUUUAUGAAGUUAGUACAAUUAAGUACAAUUUGUUUCAAAUAUGUCGUACUCAGCGUCAUUUAUGUUUCAUUAAGUUAGUACUAUCUUCUCUUUCUUCUACUUAUACCUAGGAUAGAGAAUUAAAAGUUUCUGUUACUGUAAAAUUUAGUUUUAAGAACUAAAGGUAAGUUUUGACUGAUUUAAUUCUUAUACAAUUUAGAACAUAGAGUGGAAAUAACAAAUUGUAGAAGUAUACGUAAAUUAAGGAACUUCUAAACAAUUGUUGACUGAGAAAACGCCAAAGGACUGGUAACGGUAUUUAAAUUGAGUAAGGAGAAGAAUUCAAAGAUCUGAAAUAGAAAAAAUAGAAAACAAAAGAAGUAUAUUUAUCUACUAAAAAUUAAGUACUGAAUGAGAAAGUUCAAGAACUAAUUUUAAAAUUUACAGUAAAAGUAUUUACUUACCUGUGUAUUAUUUUGAUUUCAACACUAUGUGAAUAAUCUUUUCAAAAACUCAUUUUUUAAAAUACUCUAAGUAUACUUUAAUUUUAUUUUAUUUAUCUGGAUAUUAUGGGGCAGUUAGUUACACAUACGUAAACUUAUUUUUAAAACGUCUCGAAUUGCUAUAAAUGCCUCAUUUUAAUAAUUUAUGUAUUUUUAUAAGUGAAAAAUACUUCUAACGAGGAUAGGUUUAAAACAAUAUACAACUGACCGAUAUUAUUGAAUCUUUUAGAUUUAUAGAAGAUUAGGUACUACAGACGAUGAUAGUAUGUGAUUAUGGCAGAAUGGUUAAGUUCGUCUCAACAAUAAGCCGAUAAACAACAUUUCAAAUAAUCUCUAGUCGCAGGCUAAAAUCACAGGUUACUUCAAUUAAACAUAUUAUAAAGCUAUUUAUUUUUAGAACCUUAGAACCAGUCUCCCUUAGGUUGUUGGUGUAUCCCUAACAUUUGUGCUAAUUUACCCCCAUUUCAAGACAUCUACGUCUCUGGCCUAUGUAACAUGUUUUACAGUUCGACUUAUAAAUUAUUUUUAAGUAUUUUUUUAAAUUUAUAGUUUGAUUUAAAUACAAUGGCUUUUCUAUUACAAUUUAAUAUUUUUGCAGUAUUUUUCGAUGAUUUAGCUUUCGUUUUGAUUAAUGGAAAUACUGAUGUAGCGUUGUUUUGUUUUUGUUAAUACUUUUUUUGAUUGUGAGUCUCUUCUCGUUAGACAGGAUAAAGGCUGACUAUUUUUUAGCAUUUUUAUGUUUAUGAUUAGGUAAGUGCAUCUUUUAGAGAAGAAUGUAUUGUUUUAAAAAAAGUUUCUAUGUGUUAUACAAUUGAGAUUAAAUCCUUUAUUAUCCUCAAAGGGUUGGAUAGGUUCCUACAAUAAUGAUGAAAUUGAAGGAGAGAAAUAUCGGCUAUAUUUAAAUCAAGUUAAACUUGCCAGUGUGUGCGAUAACCGGUGUUUAUAUUAUUUUCAAUUUCUCGCCAAAUUUUGAUUCACAGAUCGAGGGAUUACUGUGUAGAAUAACACGCGCCUGAUGGUGGAGUAUUACUCAGGGCUUUUUCCACAAAAACAAAUAUUUAUUUUGAGGUGAUGAAAUAUCAUGACUGGAUCUCAUUAUUCUGGAAUAAGUUUUAAUAAAAAUUGGUGACUUUUUACGGGAAUGUACAGUUUGGAUUCUACCUACAUAUACGGGAAACUAAGUUUUGUAACCGGAAAUAUCCUUGCGGUUGAUUUGAUCCUAAAUUUUAAACUUUUAUUUGUGAGAAAUCAAGUUAUUUGAAGGUAAACUCUUUUUUAUAAAGGAAUACACACUUUUGAAUCGAUUUGUUCUUAACUUCUCACAAGUAUCUACUGAAAACAAAAGAGCAAAUUACUUUUAAGGAUAUUUUUGAUUUCAAAAUUUUCUGCUCUUUGCAUUGCUGAAGACAAAAAUAUGUAUUUCUACUGAAAAGCUAACUAGACCUGCAAACAACCUCGAAAGUUAAGGUGGAACCACCAGAAAAACUACGUUUCAUUAAAAUUUCUUCCAAAAUAAUAAGAUCUUCAUAUUCUCAAGAUAAACUACCAACCCUAUGUAUAGCUAUUAUUAUCUUCUAUAGCCGAGUAUUCCAGUAUAAGGAAUAUAUAUAUUCGUGCUAUUUAUAUACCUAUAUACCUGUAAUCUAUUAAAAAUAAUAAAUGUAAAGUAUAUCUACUUAUAUUAUACAGCGCAUACCAGUGUGUUAAUUACAAUCAAUAUAUAACUACAAAGGUACCUGAGAAGUAUUUGAACCCUUUUCUAUUUUAUUUAGCUCACUUAAUGGCAUGUUACUUUUUAAAAACACCAACAGUAGUCAAUUACGUUCUAUAAUUCAUAACAAGCGCUACAAAUCCCAAUCUUUGUUAAUCUGUUUUUGAUGUUCCUAACAAGUAAUAAAAAGAUUUUCUUACAAAUGAUUAAGUUAAUAUCUCGAUAAUUCCUUAAUUGGAAUUUGUUCACCUCAGACUUUGUCAAGGUUUGAUAAUCAUUAUUGUGUUUCGUAGAAUUUUUGAUUGUUAUAAAUAAUAAAGGCGACGUUAGCCAUAGUAAACAGUACUCAAAUUACUCACAUUUUGUUAAUUUUGUUCUCAUAUUAUAUUCACAUAGGUACUACGCAUUUGUUUUGAUAAAGAAGUACUAUAAGGAUUUUAAUUAAAUAAUAUAAUUUUGUAGUAGUUUUACUUUCUAUGAAUAGGUACGAAUAUCAGAAAAAUCCUACAGUGAGCCAACUGAAAUGAGAAAUAGUUCAUGCAUUCUUACGUAUUUUGUGCUAUGAAUAUGUACUUGUAAUAAAUUAUAUUUUAUUGUACAUUAUUAUAAUUUAUAGUAAUAGACAAAUACCCAAAAAACUUCUAUCCAGAAAGUAUAUCAAUAGAUUUUUUAUACAAUUUUAGGUAUAUUCUUGACAUCGUUUUCUGAUUAAAUGUGUAACUAUAGUGAACUUUGAACUUCCUUCAGCAAUGAUUUCUUCAAUAAGAAGGAAUUACAGUACAUAAUGUUGCUUGGGGUAGAUCCAUCUUCGGUUCCAGGUAAUCGUUUUUCUGGGCUGUUCUGUAAUUAUCCUGUUCCAAACGUUUCGGCGUUUUUUACUGAAGAAAUAUUUAGUUGUUACCUGAUAACAGAUCAGUCAGCCCAGAAGGACUAUGACAAAAAAUUAUUUACCUACUAAUUAAACGACUGCUUAUUAGAUAAUUAAAAUUGAAACUAAUUAUUUCUUGUGCUUUCCUGUGUAUUAUCUAAUAACUGUAUUUAAUCUAUUUAAUAUAUUCGAAACACCAAUUUUCAA